GAGAGAGGGAAAAAAAAAAAAAAACUCAAAUCAUAUCUAACAAAAUCUUCUCGCAUCCAACCCAGCAUGACCCCUAUAUGUACCGUCCGGUAGACCGACCAGUCAAAAAAAAAACCAAACAUUUUUUUAAAUGAAUUCCUAUAACAUCCUUUUCAACAAAUCUCUCUCUCUCUCUCUCCAUUUGACUUCACCCAACGUUCUAUCUUAUGAUCCCUUCAUUAUUUAUUAAAUUUUGUUUUUGGGAUUUUCAUAUAUUAGGGAGUAGUAUUUUCUUGGGCAACUCUGAUCAUACGUAAAUCUUCCUCAAAGUCAUCUUAGGUAACUAUCUUUCCUUCUCUCUCUCUCACCUACUUUUUUUUUCUCUUCUCUCUAUAUCCUCAUUUUAUACUUUUUCUCCACCACCAAGCUGUUGAUCAUUAGCUCAAACAUCUCAACCAUCCUUUUAUCCCUCUCUACUAUGGACUCCCUUUACUUAUGAUUAGAAUUUGAACCACAAUUAAAUUUCUUUCCUCAACUUCCAUUUUUUAUAUUAAUUAAAAGUUCAAGAAAUUAAAUUUUAAAAAGAGUGAGAGAGAGGGUGAUCAGUAUAGUACUAUAGUCAGUACUUAAAAGCUUAGCAAGAAUGGCUGCACCGCCGAGUAGCCGGCUCCAAAGUAUGUUGCAGACGGCGGUGCAAUCAGUUCAAUGGACUUACAGUCUCUUCUGGCAAUUAUGUCCUCAGCAAGGGAUCUUAGUAUGGGCAGAUGGAUAUUACAACGGAGCAAUCAAGACAAGAAAAACGGUUCAACCAAUGGAAGUGAGCGCUGAGGAGGCUUCCCUUCAGAGAAGUCAACAGCUUAGAGAGCUUUAUGACUCGCUGUCCGUCGGAGAGACGAAUCAGCCACAACGCCGGCCUUGUGCCGCUUUAUCGCCGGAGGACCUUACAGAGUCUGAGUGGUUCUACUUAAUGUGUGUUUCUUUCUCUUUUUCUCCUGGUUCAGGGUUGCCAGGAAAAGCAUAUUCAAGGAGGCAGCACGUAUGGCUCACCGGUGCAAACGAGGUUGACAGCAAAACUUUCUCUAGAGCCAUUCUAGCCAAGAGUGCCGGUGUACAGACUGUGGUGUGCAUUCCUCUACUUGACGGCGUGGUAGAAUUUGGCACGACAGAAAGGGUUAAAGAAGACCUUGGGUUUAUCCAACAUGCCAAGACUUUUUUCAUAGACCACCAUCAUCACCUAACCAACUCUCUCCCGUCGAAACCAGCACUUUCGGAGCAAUCCACUUCAAACCCGGCCACGUCAGACAACCCUAGAUUUCAUUCUCAGCCAAUGACCACCGCCAUUUACUCGGGAGCGGCGACUGGCGUGGUCGACGAAACCAAAGAAGACGAGGGAGAUGAAGAGGACGAUGACAUGGAUGAGGAAGAGGCCGCCGAAUCAGACUCCGAGGCCGAAAUAGGCCGCAGCAACGUCGGAGGAGGGCCCAUCUCGGCCCAAAAUACUUCCGGGGAGGCGGUUGUACCGGCUGAGCCUAGUGAGUUAAUGCAGCUCGAUAUGUCGGAAGAUAUAAGGCUAGGCUCGCCCGACGACGGGUCCAACAAUUUGGACUCGGACUUUCACUUGUUGGCUGUGAGCCAGAGCGAACGUCACCUGUGUCAACCUGACUCGUACCCGGCUGAGUCCACUCCACGGUGGCCCCUGCUACCAGACCCGACAACCAAUAUUGGGCUUCUGCUACCAUCCUCAGGCGCUACAGAUCCAUUGGAGGACUUAACACAUGAAGACACUCACUACUCCGAAACAGUGUCCGCCAUCCUCCAAAACCAGCCCAGCCUAUGGACUGAGUCGUCGUCAGCAGGCUACGUCAUGUACUCAACCCAAUCAGCUUUUGCCAAAUGGACAAACCUCAGCGAUCACCACUCCAUCUUCCACAUGUCACCCUCCGCAGAAUCCACAUCACAAUGGCUCCUAAAGUACAUCCUUUUCAGUGUACCACUCCUCCACACCAAGUACCGCGACGAAAACUCGCCCAAGGCCGGUGCCGGAGACACCACGACCCGCUCAUUUCGGAAAGGUGGGACUCCCCAAGACGAGCUUAGCGCCAACCACGUCAUGGCGGAGCGCCGCCGCCGAGAGAAGCUCAACGAGAGGUUCAUCAUAUUGAGGUCUUUGGUCCCUUUCGUCACCAAGAUGGACAAGGCCUCUAUAUUAGGAGAUACCAUCGAGUACGUCAAACAGUUGAGAAAAAAGGUUCAGGAUCUCGAGUCACGUAACCGUCUGAUGGAGCUUGAUCAACGGUCAAUGAAGCCAGCGGUCCCGCAGAGGACAUGUAGUACUGGAUCUUUAAAAGACCAGCGGAGCGGGUUGACUAGUGUGGAUCGAAUCCGGGUCGAAAAACCCGGGUCGGAGAAGAGGAAAUUGAGGAUUGUGGAAGGAAUCCAUGGCGUAGCUAAGCCCAAGUCAGUGGAUCAGUCUGCAUCGCCACCGCCGUCAACUCGGCCAGAGACAACGGUGCAAGUGUCGAUUAUAGAGAAUGACGGGUUAUUGGAGCUCCAAUGCCCUUAUAGAGAAGGAUUAUUACUUGAACUCAUGCAAAUGCUAAAGGAUCUUCGGAUUGAGACCACAACGGUUAAUUCUUCAUUGAGUGAUGGAUUCUUUUCGAUUGAAUUAAGGGCCAAGGUUAAGGAGAAUGUAAAUGGAAGGAAGGCAAGCAUAGUAGAGGUGAAGAGGGCAAUAAAUCAAAUUAUACCGCAUAGUGAUAGUUGAGUGAAUACGCUUUAGAUUUAUAAAAUAAAAGAUAGCUUGAUUGAGAUAGUUGUACGUAGAAUAACAUUGUUCGUUCUUUGUGGUUGAGAUUGUGGUCGCCUCCAGCCCAAGGAUAAAUCUAACAUGAUGGUGUAUGUAUAAUUGUAUGUGUCAUUGACAUUCAACAUAGAGUUCUAACAAAUGUAUAAUAAGACUUGUUCUCUUCCCCGUUAAUGCAGAUAAUAACAAUUCUUUUAAUUACUACAAACACUGAUUAUAGCUUGAACUUCAAACAUUUUAUGGAUGGUAAUUGUAAGUGUAGGUUGUUCUUAGCAUGGCUAGAGUCAUGAGUUAGUUACUGGUUUGUUAGUGAGUUGUUAGAAUCUGUUAGGAGUGAACUGGCAUAACAGAAUUCUGUUACUAAUGGUGCCUGAGCUAUUUUAUUCUGAGUUGUACUCCUUAUCUAUAUAAAUGAAAUUAUUCAGCUCAAGUCAAUUGUUGAGCAUUCAUUUCUAA